GGAGUGCAAAGGUCUCAAACAUUCCUUGCAUGGUUCUGCCUUGAGGAAGGGGAACCUCCCUGGUGGCACUUUGGGCUGGCACACACCGGAGGAGUGUGUCUGUUUUCAAUGGGGAAACUUAGGACUUCUUCAAAAGAACCAGGAAAAUCCCUGUUUGCCUGUGCUCAGCCACUUCUCCAAGCAAAGCAGGUCCCAGAACAUGCUCUGGUCUCCCUGGCAGCAGCAGAAAUGUUGAGAUGUCUCAUAUCCAGGAAUACCAGGAGAGGUCUCCAUGUCCAGAGACACCAAAUGUCCAACAGCAGCUCCAUCAGCCACUUCCUCCUGCUGCCACUGGCAGACACGUGGCAGCAGCAGCUCCUGCACUUCUGCCUCUUCCUGGGCAUCUCCCUGGCUGCCCUCCUGGGCAACGGCCUCAUCAUCAGCGCCGUAGCCUGCGGCCACCACCUGCACACCCCCAUGUUCUUCCUGCUCAACCUGGCCCUCAGCGACCUGGGCUCAAUCUUCACCACUAUCCCCAAAGCCAUGCACAAUUCCCUCUGGGACACCAGGAACAUCUCCUACUUAGGAUCUUCAGGGCUGUGCUGAGGAUCCCCUCUGAGCAAGGACGGCACAAAGCCUUUUCCACCUGCCUCCCUCACCUGGCCGUGGUCUCACUGUUCUUCAGCACUGUGAUUUUUGCCUACCUGAAGCCCCCCUCCAUGUCCUCCCCAUCCCUGGAUCUGGUGGUGUCAGUUCUGUACUCGGUGGUUCCUCCAGCCCUGAACCCCCUCAUCUACAGCCUGAGGAACCAGGAGCUCAAGGCUGCAGUGUGGACACUGAUGACUGGAUGGUUUCAGAAGCAUUAAACUUUUGGCCAAUGUUUGCAAAUCAUUUGCAAUAAAAGUCAUCUUUAAUAGUU